GCUGCACACACAGUGAAAAAUCAUUCUUUGUUAAAGAAUAUAGGUCCACAAUGGCAAGAACUAAGCAGACCGCUCGUAAAUCCACCGGUGGUAAAGCCCCGAGGAAGCAGCUCGCUACCAAAGCCGCCCGUAAGAGCGCUCCAGCCACCGGCGGCGUCAAGAAGCCUCAUCGUUACAGGCCGGGUACCGUGGCUCUGCGAGAGAUCCGUCGCUACCAGAAAUCCACCGAGCUGCUGAUUCGCAAACUGCCCUUCCAGCGUCUGGUUCGAGAAAUCGCUCAGGAUUUCAAGACGGAUCUGCGCUUCCAGAGCUCUGCUGUCAUGGCCCUGCAGGAGUCCAGCGAGGCUUACUUGGUCGGUCUGUUUGAGGACACCAACUUGUGCGCCAUCCACGCCAAGAGAGUGACCAUCAUGCCCAAAGAUAUUCAGCUGGCCCGCCGCAUUCGUGGAGAGCGCGCUUAAACUAACUGCUUCUUCUAAACCCAAAGGCUCUUUUCAGAGCCACCUAAAUAUGUCGAACAAAGUGUAAUUUUCUUGUCUUUGUUGCUGUUUUUUGUUAAAACCCACUGGGAAAUCUAACUUAUAAUUCGAGGCAAGAAUAUAUUAAAUGUACAGCGAUAUCUGAUGUUUCUCGGUAAUGCAAUUCUUCUGUAGGAAGAUCGAGAGAAAAUGCUGUUACUGCAAGUCAGUGUUACAUAUUAUUGUUAUUUAUUCACUUGUUUUUCUGCAGGUGUAAUAAUGAUUCCAAAUGUACAAUAGUGAUUCAUAUACAGAACUGGGUAGGUUACUUACAAAUUGUAAUUCGUUACUGAUUCCAAAUUACAUGAUAAAAAUUGGUAAGUAGCACAUUUUAGGUAAUAUAAUCGGACUGUUUUUAGAUUACUUUUGACCCAUGCUAUUCAUCACAUUAAUUUUAAUAGACUGUCCUGUACCAUAUUUGAUAUAAAAAUACAAAAUUGACAUGUUUUAUUCAUUGCUAUUAACAACAUGAAGCACAUUAAAUGUCAAAGUUUUGCAAACUGGGGUUUGAGAAGGAACUGCAGGGGGUUUCUGAUUUCAGUGAAAGUAAAAUUAAAGCUGUCAGUUUGUGUAAUGAGAAAUGCGUGUGCAUUAUUGUCUCACCUUUAUUCAUUUUAUUAAUAAUAAUAAUAAUAAUAGUAAUAAUAAUACUAAAAGUAUAUUUGAAUAUUGUGCAAUUUCUUGUUUGUUUUAGAUAAUUUAACAGAUCAGUGUUAGAAUUUUUCUCAAUCGAUUUGACACUUUUCUCCAGUGCAAUGUACUUGUUCUCAAAACAAUUAGCACAGCCAUUCAAACAGAAAAUGAUCUUAACCAAAGAGCUCAACAUUACUGCAAAAUAACGCACUGCAAUUUGUUGUAAUUCUCCCUUUCUCCUUUGUUUUUAUUUUUAUAUUUAUAUUGUUUUUGAUUUUUGUAUACUUUGUAUACUCUUUGUGUAUGUUCCCCUUGUAUUAUUACACUAAAGCAAUUGCGAAAAAUGUGUAAACAAUUAAGAAAACUGCAUUUCCUGUGUUGAAUGUAUGAUUAGCUGAAUAGUUAUCAGUUUAGGGCCAGUCAAAAAUACACCAUAUUUAUUUGAUAUAAUGACAAAUUACAGAGUUUUGUUUGUUGUGUUUGGACAAAUGGUACAUAAAUAAUGUUUGUGAUUUGUGUAAAACCUUAUGUUUAUUAUUUAAUAAACUUUCAAACAUUAUUUUCACCUCCA